UUCAGGGAUCUUCUUACAUUCAUAUUUGCAAACUCAUCUAAGACGCCCGUACCAAAUUCGCAACCUGGGGCGUGCAAUUCCCGUUGCAACUUAGACACUCGCUCACAGCAACGGGGUGGAGACGCGAGAGUUGGUCGACCCCAACAGCUACCUCGAUGCUCCCCUAGCAAUCUCAUGUAUUUAUUUUGAUUUCUGUGGGGCUUGCUCGCGGUGGCCAAAGGUAUUCAGCCUUUCACGCCGCAAACGGUGGAGUCGUUGGAAAGGGGCGCAGCUACUUUGUUUGGUGGGCAUUUUUUAAGUUGACUGGGCGUUCUCGUCUCCUUCGUCGAAGCAGGUUCUCGUGAGGGGAACUGUGGCAGGCGGCACCUGCUUCCGCUUCUCACAGAACCCGCGGAGAGAAGCCUCUCAAGAGUGUAUGAGCAAGGAGAGUUUCCAUAACCCUGGCCUCGCCUAUGUUUAUGAAGAUCUGCACUCAAGAACUGCCUGCAUCCAGUGUCAGUACCAGCAAAACAUCGACUACUCAUUGUGCCGACCCGGCGGCUCAAAUAUUCAGAGUAUUUACCUAUUCGGGCCCGAUUCCGACAUUUUAUUGAGUAUCCACUGCCAAGUUUUGACGCAUUGCGGCUGGAUCUCCUAUGCCGUAGAAACUGAACAGUUUUCGUCACCCAUUCCAGCCGUAUGAUUCUGCAGGGCUAUGUGGAAGUGUAUGACGUCCACCUCAAUCCUACGAGGCGAGUGUUGUGAAAACGGUGCCAGACGGCUCCGUCGCCUGCAUCUGUUUAUUUGAAUCAUCGCGUGUUGUAAUAGCUGGUCCUUGCAGCGAAGCUCCUCCAAGUUAUUGUUCUGAGGACACGCGGAAGAGCGAGUUGAACUAGUCGUGUUGCUUCAGGUGAAAAGCGCACGCGAGUCACCAGCGCGAGUGUACCAUCAACGUAAGACCACGGAGUCUUUUUUAUUUCGGCCGCAGCCGGGUGAGCUACAGGCUGGCCGUGAAAUCCUCUGACGAUAUUGCGAACGUCAGGAGAGAACGAAGGCUUGAUUAGCAUACACGGGCCGGAAACGGUUCCCCGCCCUGAGAUCCAAGCAACAGUGACUAACAGACCCAUUCGUGUAUGUCCACCUUGAUUAAUUCUAGUGGGCAAUUUUGUUGCAUGUGUGGAACAGGGGUGGGUCAUGGGCAAACCCCGUAUCCGUUCCCAGUUUUAUACCCUUUACUUGAACAAAUCCGUUUUUUUUGUCUGAGGCUGGCCUUUCCACUCCCCUCAGGCUCCGCAUCGAAUGCGUUGUCGCAUGCGUCACGGGCUAUUUCGUUUCUGUGAAUAAGCGAUACGCCCGAGAUUGUUUACCCAGAGAACCGGAGUGCUUGCAAGCAGCUGUCGGGUUCUGGCUCAGAGUCAUUUUUUCCGCAGUUUGCGUGUCCCGGCCGUCGGUAAGCCGCGCAGUCUGUGUAUGUUUACGUAGAUGGCAAGGUGCUGUGUGUCAGCGUGGUACUCCAAGGGAUAAAAGCAGAUUUCGAAGGUUCCCAAGCGGCUUCUGUAACAGAACCGUAUCGUGCAAGGAAUCUGCCCCUGAGGCACUGAUUACAGAGACGUCUUUGCGGUGAGCACAGACUCUGUCUAGAUUUUUGGCGUGUCGCAAUGGACAACAUCGGUGGGUACGUUGCACGAAAUUGCAACUUCAGCCGAUUAAACGGCGCCCUGUCUGACCUCUUCCAUGAUACGAAAUCCUCAGUUAGUUCGACGGACGGGAAUCAUCCAGCGUGCGCGCCGUCGGCUGGUCGAGGCCAGCGCCGCCACGAGCCCCUCGAAAUGCGCCCCUUUUGUCAAGGACAAACUGACGAAGACGAUCGGACGGAAUCGAUCAUCGCUGGUCCCCGCGACUACGUAGCAGAGGACAUGUCGCCUGUGAGAGAAAGCGACGAUCCGGAGAUCGUUCCUGGAUCCGCGUUUCUGCCGUUUUUGGAUGCCUUGCCUCUUGGUCGCAUCGUUAGACAAGCGGCCUCGAGUAGGACAGACUCGUUACAAGGAUCGCAGCUUCACGGGGAGAAGAGUCUGUUUCGAGUGUCUAGAUAUGGCCACCCGGCGGCUGUGGAGCAAGGGACGCGGGAUCCUAGUGCAGUCAUGUUACUUCGUAUGCUGGCGAACUCUUCGCCUGUCGAGGGUCUAUCGUCAGGUCUGUCGCCGGAUUCCAGCGCAGACCUCGAUGAAUGUUUCGCAGCGAAACCGAAGGCGCUCCAGCCAGAAAUGCUUUUGGCGGAUCCUAGUGGUGUGUCGCCGCGAUGCAGUUCAAACCUGGGGGAUCACGGGCCAGCAAAGACAUUUUGGAGAACCGACGAGGCGUCUCGACCCGAUUUCUACGAAGUAGGCGUGGGCAACGGAGAGAUGCCAGCAUAUUCUGUACAGAGACAUCAAGACAGCUUGCUAACACGUCAGUAUGGAAACCCGUCAAAUAUGGUGCAGGAAAACGGUCCAAACUGCGACAUUCAAGGCAGAAACCCAGCAAGUGGCGCCGACGACACGCGUGUGUUCGAAGCAUUCAUGACCCGUCUUGAAGCAGCAAAUGGGCGGCCAGAAGGUGCCACGACACGCGCCACUUGUGAUGAAUUUGAAGGGUUUGUGACACAUUUCCCUCGAACAAAGAACAUCGUUCCGCUAUCCUUGCCGACGUCGCCCAGGGACCAGCGCAUCCCGCAUCUGGUGCCGCACCGAUUUUCCGACGUUACUCACGACGCGAAUCGAGGCACAUCCACACCCGUGUUCGGACACAGCGAGUCUGAAACAAGCAGCAGCUUCGUGGUUGCGGCAGAGAAAGGCGCAGGCGCUCCGCAUCCCCAUCUUAUGAUUCACAAGGUGGAGUCACCUGUAGCUGAACGGUUGAAGGAACCAAAGGCAUUCGCGACAGGCCUGGUCAAUAUCUCGCCGGGGGAAUUCCCGGGUGUGGAAACUGAGAACCAUGGAACAACUAGCCAUACGAAUGCGGUGUUCGGCAGGCAGCAAAUUUUCCCGGGAUCAGCACCUCUCCAGGUUGCAUUCGCUUCUUCCGGAGUCCAUGGCUCUGUAGGUUGUGACGGCAGCGCUUGCAUUUCCGGAAUGCUGUCGGGGCAGAGGCGUUCGCUGGCAGCUCCAGUGCAGGCAGGGUGCUCUGGGAAGCCACCUGUUCCAUUCGUGAGCAACGAUUCCGCAUUAGCCAGCAGUCACGAGAGUUCAGUGGCUUACAGGUGCCGUUUUCCCCGCGAGGGCUCAAACGUCUCUGUCUCGGUCUUGCAAGCAGCCCACGAGUGCGAGGACGAAAUAGGAAGUCCUUGCAGCGCCGGCGUUUCGGAGAGACCUAGCUCCAGAACGAAUGGACAGCCUGCUUCGGGCGGGGGGAUCCGGCAAAACUGUACCCUCCGGACAAGCGUCCAGUUUUCAGCAGGUGACAGAGACUUUGGUAAUUCAACGAACAUCUUGGCGAACAGCCCAGCUUCGUCCGCGUGUCGGCGCGCUUACGAGGGCUACCAUGGGAUGAACAUGAAUCCCUGCGGAAACUUCAGCCGUAAAGAACAGCACUGCUGCAGUGCAUUGACACCUGACCUUAGAAGCCAAUAUGACAAAUUGAAUUCAGAGAAAGACGUUCCUAUACCGCAGCCUCAAGUGUGCUCUGCGGACUUGGAUCGUCUUCGGCACGACAUCCCUCCCGAUCGAUCACUCACAGAUGAGGUGCGGAAGUUGAACAAAAGAGAGCCAUACAGUGACGGCUUGGCUGAAAAGAGUCCGAAAUCGAUGGAGCAGGCGUCUGUUGUGGCGCGUUUGCCUGGAUAUGCGGAGGACGAAUUCGCUCUGGUAGGGGAUGAGCGUGUCCCAACAGAAGAAAAAAGUGACCCUGUGGCUUACCCCGUCAGCGGCGCGACGACGGAUGCAGGCGGCGCACAGCAUCCAAACGACUGCCGCCCCUGUGCUUUUUUCUGGGGUCAAGGAUGCCAUAAAGGAGCGGCCUGCAGAUUUUGUCACGAAAAUCACGGCCCACGGAAAAAGAAACCUAUGAGAGACCAGAAGAAUCUUAUGAUCAUUGCGCGGCCCGAUGGGAAGCUGGAAUUCAUCCGCUGUAGUUUGCAGGAAGCUCUGAAAGCUUGUAGUCAAGCGAUGUGUGUUCAUAAUGCUGUGUGAAUUCGACGGUCCGUACAGACUCACCAGCGGACGCAGUCAACGCAAGGAAGCAUCUUCGAAUGGGAUGCUGCGAGGUCAUGUACGGGAUAAAUCUGCAAGUCACCACACGGGGUCAUUGCGCUCCGAACGGGCGAUGUAAUAUUCACACAAAGGCAUAGUGCCGUAUCAAAUGGUUUCUUAUAAGCAGCUGCAAGCAUCACGGGAAAUGUCAUAAAAGGCGACAUCUAAAUAUCGCGGCUUUACGACUUGUAAGGCGGCUCGGCACGCUAGCCCGAUGCCACAGUCUCUACUGUUCUUUGCAGGGACAUCUUUUACUUUCGGCCUCACUGACCACGAAGCCGGUGACGUUUGUAGACCGCUGUCUGGGAAGUAGAGUCGGCUCACGAUUCGUCAUCUGGUUCGAUGUAGUAAAAGAAGUGUGUGGUUGAACAGUUUUUAUGUAACAGCGCAGGAGGGUCGUUGAGAGUACUGCGACGUGGCCUCUGUUCAGUAGUUUCACGAUCUGCGACUGUUCUGUUUGCCAUUCGUGCAUAGUUCGUGCUUGCCAAAUCCGUGUUUUUGUCUAGUGAAAUGCGCACACAGAUACUCGUCUUAAUGUUGUUUGCGUAAAAAUCGAGUAGCAGGUCCAUACCGGACGCAAUCCCCCAUGGUGUCGUGCAAGAACUCGAGAGGUGACAGAAUGUACUUGUUCAGAAGCAGUAGGCCACUGUUCACCUCCUACAGGGCAUUUUAUUGGUUGCUACGCCUAUUUCAUCUUUAAUGAAACUCUGUUUGUGCGUUGAAGUAGUGUGGUCAAACGUGCACCCCGGAGACAGUUUCGUACGGGAAAACGCGGACUGUCUAGCGCAGUUGAAUCGCCUUCAUCGUGCAGAGGAGAGCCCGGCCGCAGCGUUAGCGACCUGGUGCCAACAUGCUGGUGAAAUGCGAUUCCUGAAUUGUUUUCCGUUGCUUCAAAGGCUUCGCACCCACGAAAGAGGCAUGGAAACACGCAAAGAGGGAUGCGAUGCUCCGGCAGAGACAUGUCUCUGUCGGACCCGUAGCAAUUCAUGUAGUGCAAGGUCUUUUGAUUUCUGUCAGCGGAAUAACAUUGUAAGACAGUUGUACAUCACCGUCCCACUGGCUGCUCUGGGCACCUAAAAGAAUCGG